AUGUCUUCCACUCAUUCUUCUCCAACUAAAAGAUCCAUCUUAUCUCCAAAACCUUCCAACAUUUCAAAUUCCUCACCUUUUGGCAAAAGAUACACAAGGUUAACCCCUUCUCCUACUAAACAUUCAUAUAAAUCAACUACACCUUCUCCAAAGAAAUCUACUUUAGGCUUUACUAUUUGGGAAGACAAGGUUGAUAAAUCCAACUCAACUACUUCUGUUGUUGGUCAAACCACAUCCAACAAAUUAAACCACAAUGACCAAGAAAAUAUCUUACAACCAAAGAAAGAAGAAAUUGUUAGACACAAUGGACGUAAGGUGUUGGGUAAUUUAAGUAUAAAUGAAUACAAAGGUUACAUAACAGUUGCUGGCACCAGAUCACAAUUGACUGAAUUAUACCAGCCAAUAAAUUUUGACAACGAGUUCAAAUCAUUGCACAAACAACUGAAUCUUCCAAGUUACUUAACACCAAGCAGAAGAAACAGAGAUGAAUAUUUAGUAAAAUCUGGAAUUGACGAAAUUGAAGAAGAAUGUGUUUCUGAAGACGAAGAAGACGCCAAUGAUGACGACGAAGUCGAAGUAUUGUUGAUGAAAAAGAAACAACAGCGUCUGUCAACAAAUCAAACACACAUGAUUAGAAAACACACCAGAUCCAUGUCACUUGGCAAGAAUGAAGCCAAAUUAAAUUUAAUUAGAAAGAAUAAAUUUUCCAUCUUGUCUAAUUAA